AAGUUUUCUUCAGUUCUGUCAUAUUGCAGUUUUCAAAACGUCAAAUUUCAAAAAGAACAAAAUUUUCAGUGAUAUCCAAAAAAACUCCAAGUUCACUUCUAUAAUGGCCCAAGGAGGCAUGAAACUAGACCAGCAAUUCAUAAGUUUUGCAAAAUUUGGAGAUACAAAAGCAGAUGGCAAAACAAUAACUCUUACUCAAAUAGACAAAUGGUUCAAACAAGCAGGUGUGAUUGACAAAAAGCUGACAACGACGGACACAGGCAUAACCUUCAACAAAUUCAAAUCGAAAACGAUAGGCUACACAGAUUUUUUGAACUUCAUAGAAGAUCUGGCACACCAGAAGAAUAUCCCCGUCGACAACAUCAAAGAAAAGCUCCAAGAAUGUGGUUUGCCGGGCACCAAUAAGUCGACACAGGCGGUCCAUGUUGGAGCAGUCGAUAGGCUGACGGAUACUUCGAAAUAUACAGGGAGUCACAAGGAGAGAUUCGAUGAGAGCGGCCAUGGAAAAGGGAAAGAAGGACGGGAAGAUCUCGCUGAAAAUACCGGAUAUGUCGGGGGAUAUAAGGGACAGGGUACUUAUGAUAAAAAGUAGGUUUUGUGGCCAGUAGAAUAAUUCAAUACAUGGGAAACGAAUGUUUGACAACUGAAAGCCUUUAUGAUGUAUUUAUUGAAUCUCUCCAACUUUAUAUUUCGUGAAAAAUUUGUGAGAAUUCUGCCUUCAUAGAUUUUAUAAUCUUAUAUAUGCGAAAUAAAUAACAAAGAGUAAAUAUUCGCGAUGGGAAAUGAUUGUAUCAACAUCAACGUACUCUCCAUCAAGGCAGAAAUUGAGAAUAUAUUCCAGCUAUAUUAGAAUCAUUAUUCAUGAGUCACAUCAUUAGAAAUAUUUUUGAAUGCAGAUUGCCUCUUUUUGAGUAUUCGUGACAGUUUUUAUAUCUUAAAUAGAAUAUCGUAUAACCCACCUCAAAAUAUUGCCAAGUUUUCAAAAAAGAAAUGAACCCAAUCUCAAUUCUGAGCAAUAUCAAUAUCACUGUCAGAGUCCAACACAGAAUUUUAAUGUGGUCUCUAGACACAAUUUUUUCUCCGUUGAGCAAAUGAAUUCAUCCCAAAAAACUUCCACAUCAAUUUUCUCUUGUCCUAGAUGCAUAUCUUAAGGUUUCAAAAUAAAAUUAUUAUUAACAUAGGUGAAUACACAUAAUAAAGUAUAUCAUAAGCAAUCAAUAAAUAUAUGUUUAACUAACGAAAGCGGGCUAUCUGAUGUUUCUUAACCAAUGUAGCAAAGUCCGUGAUUAUUUCUUCACAAUUCGAUGUCAAGGUAAAUCCCAUUCGAUUUGAUAUGUUGAUUGUUCAUCUUCUGGAAAAUUGGCAAAUCGUAAAGUUAUUUUUUCUGAAUUUUAUAUUUUCAUUUGACGAUCUUUGAAGGUAGAUAGAAACUUAUUGCAUUUAUUUUAAUUCUUCUGGAUCAUUGAUUCUCAGGGGCAAAUUUGUUAACGUUUCACCGAUGUAGUACAUUUCCAAAUAAAAACGGCAAAAAAGUAA